AUGAAUGGUAUAUUGCUGAUCAUUUUCGCUAUUAUUUUCUGUUUUCUUUAUCGAAAUCGAAUAAUGAAAUAUUUAAAAGAUCGAUGGGAAUUCGUAACAACGAUUAAUCAGAUUCCUGGAAUUGAUAUUUGGUCACUGCUUAAAGAAUUUUUGAAGACCACUUUGGAUAGCAAGGAGUUCACGUAUCAGUUGGAAGCUUUAUUUCGUAAAUACGCAUACAGGCAUGAUCAUGGCAUGAUUCGAGUUUGGCUUGGUUUUACACCAUUCAUCAUCAUGACCAGAUCAAAAAGUGCCAAAUUUAUUCUGGAGAGUACUUCACUCAUCGAUAAACCUAAAGAAUAUGAUGUUUUUAAGCGCCUAGUUGGUGAUGGAAUGCUUUCGAGCUCGGGACAGACAUGGUUUAAAGCCCGCAGAAUGUUGACCCCAGCUUUUCAUUUCAAUAUUUUGAAUAAAUAUAUUGAAGUAUUCAAUGAACAAAGCAAGGUGCUCAUUGGGGAACUUGAAAAACAUUGUGGCACCAAUGAAACAUUUGACAUAUUACCAUAUUUGCGAAGAUACGGUAUGGAUACAAUAGCUGGUAAAGAAAUUUUUAUCUUUACAAAAACAGCAAUGGGGGUGUCGAUCCAUGCUCAAGCUAAUCACAAUCAAGAUUACUAUCACUCACUAAGAAAAGCUUUGAAUCUUAUGUGGGCUAAAAUUCGUUAUCCAUGGUUUUGGUUUCCACCAGUUCGAUGGAUUUAUGGUUUCGAUAGAAAACUUGAUUAUUAUUGUAACAGAUGCAAAGAUUUGACAAGAGAGAUAAUCGCAUUAAAGAAAAAGGAUUGGGAAGCAUAUGAUCACCAGCCAUCUUUUGAAGAGCUCUCGACAAGUGGAAGGAAAAAACUGGAUUUUAUGGAUUUACUAUUUAGUAUCCGCGACGAAUAUGGUCUGACCGAUGAGGAUAUUCGUGGUCAAGUGGAUAUGUUUAUGGCUGCAGGAAGUGAUGCGGUAACGGCUCAGAUCGGGUUUAAUUUGUUCGCUUUGGGUCAUAGGCAACAUUUCCAGGAUAAAGUUUAUCAUGAAUUGAAAGAUGUUUUAGGUGAAACAGAACGAGAUAUUACUACUGAUGAUUUAUCACAUCUGAAAUACUUAUAUCAAGUCAUAUGUGAAACGGGUCGUUAUACACCAAAUGUGGUUAUGAUCGGUCGGCAAGUGACCGAAGAUAUUGAAAUCUGUGGAUACAAAAUACCGAAAGGAGCUGUUUGUGCAUUAUCACCUUUUGCGAUUAUGCGUGAUCCUCAACAUUAUGAGAAUCCUGAAGUAUUCAAUCCGGCACAUUUCGAUCCGGAGAAAGUGAUGAACAGAGACCCAUUUGCAUUUAUCCCCUUCUCUGCUGGAAUUAGGAAUUGCAUUGGUCAUCGAUUUGCUAUAUUAGAAAUGCAAAUAACUAUUGCAGCAAUAUUACGAAAGUAUCGCGUAAUUUCAAUGUUGCCUGAAGAAGAAAAUCGAGCGAUCCCAGAAUUUUCCUUGAAGCCUAGUCGAGGAUUUCCUGUACGCCUCGAAGGCCGAUAA